UUGGUGUGUUUGUGGAACUGCAGAUUUUCAAGCAAUGCCUUUAACAACUUGGUGUUGGUUUAUUCGUCUCUGGUUCUGUUCGGCAUGAAGUCAGAGGAACUGGAAGUGAAGGUUCUGAUUGUAACAGAAGUUUUGGAAAUGGCCCAAUUUAUUAAGCAGAUCUGCUUCAAGACGCUGAUGUCUAAAGACGGGGAUCCUCUGAUAUACCUGGACAGAAACUGGCUGACUGUGAGCCCAUCUCAGGAGGAGGAGUGUCUGUCUCAGUUUCCGUGCAUAAACCCCCUGGUCAGUCAGCUCAUGUUAAACCGAGCUCCAUCCCUCCAGUGGCUCCUGGAGGCAGAUCUGCAUCAGCUGAAGAAGUUAUUUCCUGAGGUUCCUCAUAAAGUCCUUAAGGAAUGCAGAGCCUACAGCCCCUCAGCCAACCAUUAA